CAGCCACAAAUGAACUGAAAAACUACAAUAUGAGAUACGCCUUCUGUGUUAUGGGCCGUCUUGACUUUAGCAUACGACAGGUGAAAUAAAAGCACCCAGAUAUGUGUCACGGAAGGUAGUGCAAGGCAAGGACCCGCUGGUAACGGGAGACAGCAGGGGCAGUAAAAGUGUCCAACAGCAGGGGAAAAAAAUGGGUGAUGCUCAGCUCUUUGACAAGGAGUUUCACAAUCUGGUGUCUGAACUAACAGAGCAAGAUUUCACAGAUCCAGUUCUAUCUGAUGCCCUACACAGACUCAGAGAGGUGCUUCGAUACAAUGCUCCUGGAGGCAAGAGAAACCGAGGCUUGUCUGUAAUUGGCUCUUUACGGGAACUGGUCUCGCCAUCUGAGCUGUCACCUGAUGAAGUUCACCGUGCACUCUUGGUUGGAUGGUGCAUUGAACUGCUUCAGGCAUUCUUCUUAAUUGCUGAUGACAUCAUGGAUGCAUCUGUGACACGAAGGGGUCAACCCUGUUGGUAUAAGAAGGAUGGUAUUGGUCUGGAUGCCAUCAAUGAUGCAUUUCUUUUGGAGGGGGCCAUCUAUCGCCUUCUUCGCAGACAUUGUAGAAAACAACCCUACUACAUUCACCUGCUGGAGCUUUUUACUGAGGUAUCUUUUCAGACAGAGUUGGGUCAAGCACUAGAUCUAAUGACUGCACCACCACACAAAGUGGACCUUGACCGCUUCACCAUGGAGAGGUACAAAGCCAUUGUGAGAUAUAAGACCGCAUUCUACUCUUUUUAUCUCCCUGUGGCUGCAGCCAUGUACAUGGCAGGAAUUGAGAAUGAGACUGAACACAAUAAUGCUAAAACAAUUUUGCUUGAGAUGGGAGAGUUCUUUCAGAUACAGGAUGACUACCUUGAUUGCUAUGGUGAUCCCGCAGUGACUGGAAAGAUUGGCACAGAUAUCCAGGACAACAAAUGCAGCUGGCUGGUGGUAAGCGCGCUGGGCAUCAUGACCGCUGAACAGAGGGCAGAACUACAGGCUUGUUAUGGGCGUACCGAUGCUGAAAGUGUUGAAAGGGUCAAGGCUUUGUAUGAUACCUUGGAAAUGCCCAUCCGAUACCAUCAACAUGAGGAGGAGAGUUAUCAACGCCUUCAAAAACUCAUCCAGCUUCACGCCAAGAAUUUGCCUCAUGCUGUUUUUCUUAAUUUUGCAAAGAAAAUAUAUAGGAGGAACAAAUGAUUUAUGGAUCUGUAAACUGAAAGGACUUGAAAAUGGAUACUGAGAUUAGUAUUUUUGAGUUUUUGGCACACAAAAUCGAGUGAAAUGCUAUGUGGGGUAUUUUAGUUGUUAUCUAAAUUUGUAGAUUUUAUCUGCACUUUAAAACUGUUCACAUGGUUUAGGGACUCUUAAAACAUUCAGUAUAUUGUAACCUGUAUUCCAGGUGAACAUGUGCAUGCAGUGUCAGCUGUGUGAUAUGAUUGGUUUGCAUGUUACUCAACUAUUCUGAGUCUGCUAUGUUGGUUUUCUUAAACCUUAAUAUACGUUUUUUACAUUUUAAGACUUUACCAGAGCCACAAGUCUGUAUUUUUUGGGGGUAUAACAAUUUUACAACUUGUCUGUCUGGUCCAGUGAUCUCUUUCUUCGUCAUUACUGUAACGGUCAAUGUUGGAAUAUAGAAAGGCAGCAAUGUGCUUUUAAUAAAUAAAAAACUUGCUCAAACAUU